CAUAUUGGCUUGUGAUUCCGAAAGAAAUCGUUCAAACGACUUUAUGGUGAAAUAGGGUUACAGAUUGAGUACAAUAGGUUUAUGCGCCACCCACGGCUCUACCGACUCCCCCUGCAGGCGAUUCCCAUACCUGCAGCUGAAUCCGUAAUCCACUGGUAUUAUGAAAAGGAACAGAGUGGCACUGGUUUAGAUAUCCGCGCAACACAACCAAUGCUUUUCUAUUCAGAACUACUCUCAAAAUUAUUCUGUCAUACAGUUUUUAAGAUAUUUUGUAUAAGCAGUUAUUCACGGAAAUACUAGCUUGUUGACAGAACAUGAUUUGAAAAUUGGAAAGAAGUUUCCUUGCGUGUGGUAUGAUAGAUGUGAACUUGUUAGUAACUGUGAGCAGGAAGAACAUUAUUUACUGCACAAAGAUACUUGCUUCGGAUUUUGCGUCGAUAUUUCAUGUUGCUUUAAAUAGAUAAGGUUUCAUUCCUAGCUUUAAAGUUUUUGUUGCUUGUUUUAAAGAGAGUUAGACCUGUUAUCUUUUGAGAAAACAUGCGGAUUAGUGGCUCUGGGUUAUUUUUCUUCAGGAAGUGAGUUAACUUUUUAGUCAUCGCCUGACUUACGGCGCUUAAAGCGACGCUUUCGAUGAAAGCGACUCGAGGAAAGUUUCAGAUGUAAAGGAACCAGUAGGAGUCCGUCAUAGCGUCGGCUUAACUGGAAAGAAUGGCCGGCGUGAUGCGCACCCUGAGCCGGUGCCUGCUUCCAGCCGAACCCGGUCAGGAGCGAAGUAACGAGAAGGAACGGGAGCGAAACCGGGAUCUGAACAAGGAGCGAGAAGCCAAGCGCCGGAGUCGAGAGAUCGAUGCCAUGCUGGCCCGAGACAAAAGGUCCGUCCGACGCCUGGUCAGGAUACUUCUGCUAGGGGCUGGAGAAAGUGGGAAAUCCACGUUCUUGAAGCAGAUGAGGAUUAUCCACGGGAAGGAAUUCGACCAGAAAGCUGUUCUGGAUUUUAGGGAUACAAUCUUCGAGAACAUCAUCAAGGGCAUGCGGGUGCUGGUGGACGCCCGUGACAAGCUGGGGAUCGCCUGGCAGAACUCGGAGAACGCCAAGCACGCCAUGUUCGUGAUGGCCUUCGAGAACAAGGCAGGGGUGCCCGUGGAGCCCAGCACCUUCCAGCUGUAUGUGCCGGCGCUGCAGGCGCUGUGGGCCGACGCCGGCGUCCGCGAGGCCUAUGGGCGCAGGAGCGAGUUCCAGCUGGGGGAAGCAGUUAAAUAUUUCUUGGACAACUUGGAUCGCAUUGGGCAACUGAGCUAUCUCCCAAGCAGACAGGACAUCCUUCUUGCACGGAAAGCCACCAAGGGGAUCGUACAGCAUGACUUUGUCAUCAAGAAUAUCCCCUUCAUGAUGGUGGAUGUGGGGGGACAGCGCUCCCAGCGCCAAAAGUGGUUCGAGUGUUUCGAUGGAAUCACCUCCAUUCUCUUCAUGGUGUCCUCCAGCGAGUACGAUCAGGUCCUGAUGGAGGACCGCCAUACCAACCGGCUAGUGGAAUCCAUGAAUAUCUUUGAGACUAUUGUCAACAACAAGCUCUUCUUCAAUGUCUCUAUCAUCCUUUUCCUGAACAAGAUGGACCUUCUGGUGGAGAAGGUGCAGAAGGUGAACAUCAGCAAGUACUUCCCCGAUUUUAGGGGUGACCCACGGUGCCUGAAGCAUGUUCAGGACUAUCUAGUACAGAGCUUCACCCGACGGAGGCGGAACCGCAGCCGGCCUCUCUUCCAUCACUUCACCACUGCCAUUGACACGGAGAACGUCAGAUUUGUGUUCCGUGCGGUCAAGGACACCAUCCUGCAGCAGAACAUUAAUAUAAUCAUGCUACAGUAAAAGACUGCUGGGACAGGAAUCUGAGACCAACACCUGGUAAUAGAACCAAGGAUACCAUGGGAUCAGAGACAGUGGACUUUCUGCUUUGAAAUCUGUACUUCCGUGACUUUUCAAGCUUACAGAACCUUUCAUGGAGUUUGCCCUAAUUUUAUAGUGGGAAUUAAGAUAAUAGAGAAAGUUACAAAAUAAUUUACGGUGGUGAAAUAGUCUGAAGUGGGCCAACAUGGUAAUAUUCUUUCAGAUGCACCUCCCACUGACGAUCCAUCUCCUCUGCAUGGUCCUAGCUGGCUGCAAGCUUGGAACACACUUUGAUUUUGACUUUAUUUCAGCUGCAUCCCUUGCAAAAAAAUAAAAGAAAUAUCAAUGGUACAUUUUAAAAACACUGUAAAUGAGGGGCAGUUUUGUCUUUUGGUAUACACCCUCUGAAAUUAGCUAGACACUUUGUAAGGUAUUUACUCAGAAAGUAUCUCAGUGGGUUGAAUGACCACGUGCACUUAUUAGUUACGGGCUGGAACUUAGAUAAACUAUAUAAAUAUAGUCAAGGGCCCUGUUGAUUGUUUAAAGAAAAUCACACCACCCUUGGUCCUAGUGUGUGUGUGUGUGUGUGUGUGUGUGUGUGAAGUAGGAUUAUAUUGCAUUGUGGGGACCAAACAUCCCCCACAAUGUGAUAAAACCUGUUACUUUGACGUUGAGGGGACCAUUCUUCAGGUCCACAAAGAUCUGUGAAUGCAAUCAAAGGCUCGUAAUUAGUUUGGUUACUUAUGGUUAAGGUUAAGGCUGGUUAGGGGUUAAGGUCGUCAUAUUGGGAUUAGAGAUUUCCUAAUAAAAAUUAAUGGAGAGUCCCCACAAAGAUGUAGUUACAAUCCUGUGUGUGUGUGUGUGUUGUGCUGUGUAUUAAUUAAACAAGUCAUUAUGUGCUUAAUGUGUUAAGAAGUAAGAAGACGGCAGUGGACUUAGUCAUAACACUGAUACCGAGUUCACUGCAGUCCAUUGUUACCUAAAUCUCAUAUUAAUGGAAAGACCAGUGAGUCUCAUAUAGGUUUUAAGCACUUGAUUUUCUUUUAGAGACAAUUAAAUUGGGGGUUGCAGAUUUUAUUGACAAUUUACAGCCAGGACAUAAGAGACUUUGCUGUUUCCUGAUUUGUUACCUUAGUAGGAAUCAUUUAAUAGCAGGAAUCAUUUAAUAGCAGUAAGCUAUUUCAUCUUUCCUCUGAAAUACAGCAUGAGUUUAUUACAUUUAUCAAAUUUCUGGGAGGUACGCUCAAUAGCAUAUGGCUACGAGGCUAUUAUACAUGCAGUAAGAACGCUGGGGUGGAUAACAUUACUAUUCCCAUGACUCAGCCGACUCCCAUUGAGUUAAUAGGCAGCCGCACAUUUCUCUUGGACUAGAUGUGGAAUUACACAUUCCUUGAGGAAAACAUAGAUCGUUUUUGUUUCUUAGUUUAUCUUGGUUCUUGGUUUAUAUGCAGUUAGAAUAUAUUUUACCCUGCAGCAGUACAAGCACUGUUUUGCCAUUGCAUUCUGUCUGCUUGAUCUCAGGAAGUCCAGUUCAGGUUCUUGUGUUAUCCUGGUAGUUUGGUGAAUUGUAAAUCUAUUAAAAGCCUGCCGUGAAAAGCUGACUCCCAUCCAUUUAACAGCUCAUUUUACAGUUUGUCUACCAGUGGUAUUUUCACUGUCUGGUAGCAGCCUAUACCAUUGACUGUGGAAAUUAGCUUAUUAAGAUUCACUGGAGAUUUCAGCCAUGUAGUAGAUUGCAUCUGAACUUCUGCUAAAUGCUGUCAAAUACAUUGGGCCAUGUUUACUUGCUUGAGGUUACCUGAGGGGUUGAAGUGUCUGCACAAGCAUAUUGCUUGUUGAUUGAGCUCCGCCCCCCUCCCAGAAUCCCACGGCCUUUCACCCAAUCAGCCUUCAACUAGCCUGCUUCAGUGUAGUGCUUUGCAGGGCCACCUCUGUGACUCCCUGUGCAAGAAGAAUGUAUGUGAUCACUCAGCGGGUGAUACAUGGCCUGUAGGGUGAACUGUCAGGUCAGGGUGGAUCUUUUAAACAGUUUUAAACAGUUUUUAAGCAUCACCUGGGUUCAUUGGUUCACUGGAAAACUCUGUGUAUAGGAAGGGAGAAGCAAUUUUCUUUUCCCUCAGUCUGAACAAUUCAUAAAAGCAGACUAUCACAGAACUCACAUCAGGACCAGGGUGAAGAAAUUAUUUUUUCCCAUAAACUGGGGCCACUACUUUUGCGAGCACUCUAUGCCAGUAAUUCUGAAGGGUCAUUCAUGCCUUUGUACCCCUCCCCACCUUCCUGAGACAUGUGCACAUUGUAAUGAAUCCAUCUGACCAUUAGGGGGUGCUCUUCAAUCUCCCUUCCCCAUCCUAUUCGGUAUUCACCAGCCACUCUCCUGAGGAUCCUCAUUCAGAUCAUAAGUUUGAAACUGUGUGGCCUUUUAAAUGCAGUGAAAAUAAAAUCUAAUUACCUAUUGAA